GUCGCGUAGAGUCUUGGAGUUUUCGGCACAUCUUCGGUCUUUGGGACGUUAAAAGUCAACGUAUUUGACGUACCUUUAAUGCUAUGACAUAAAACAAAAAUAAAUAAUUAGCGUUCAAGAAUGGUUCACGAACAAUUUUAUUUGAAAAUCUAAAAAUGCCUCCUAAAACACUGAAGCCCAUUCCAGUUACAGAGAAAUCGAGCGCUGCUAGCGAAAAAGAACUAAGUUUACCAUGUUCCUUGAACCUGUCUUUCGUUUUAAAGGGAGAUGGUCCUGGAGACUGGAAUUUGUUGGUCAUAUUUAAUGGUCAAAUUAUUCUUGAAACAAAAUGGUAUAAAAAUCACACUCUUUACUAUGAUAGUCUGCCUGUGGAUUUGAAACAAUCGUAUUAUCAGAGCUUAUUAGCUGAACAGCCUUUGAUUUUUCUUGUUCGUAUCGCUGGUGGUAAAGGAGCAAAAGAUGCAGAUCCUCUACUUAACCCUGACAAUUGCGCUGGUGCAAACGUCGAUUUGUUUCCAUUGGUUUUGGGCGAGAAAGAAAUAUUUCUAAAAGUGCGGAUUAUUAAUGCAAUUACAGGCUUAGCCACAGGUUGUGCAGUAGAAGUGUCUGCUAAAAUUCAGGAUGAAGUAGAACUCGAUAAAAUCCCUCUGAUGCUUACUAUGAUUUCCGGCCAUUGUUUUCCAGUAGCGAGAGAAGGAACAGUUUAUUUAAGUGCGAUAGGAUUAAAUGGUAUUUGUAGCUCACAAGCACCUUUUGGCAUGUCCUUAAGUACUUCGAACGCCACAAAGGUAGUAUGGGCAUCUGCUUGUAAUGCUGGUUUAAUAGGCAAUUCAGCAUUUUAUGUUCCACAUGAAGAUAAAUUUGUACCAGAGGACCUGGAAUUAAUAGCUACCGAUAAUAAUUGUACGUCAGUUUAUUGGAAUUCUAUGACACGUGUGCUAGUUGACUCUGGAGAUCUACGCGAAAGACUCGCGUCUCCGUUUCUAGUUGAAAUCGCAGGCAUACCUAAAACUGGAAAAAUUGACGUAAGAGGUCGAUAUAUGGCAUUUGUGGAUGCGGGUGUAUUGUUGGAACCUGGACAAUUUGGCGUUACCGUCUGCGCGAGACUACUAUUUUAUAAUGAAUCAAAUUUACCAGAAGGCACUGGGGCUUUACUAGAUCUACCUGUGACUAGUGCGAAAGUAGUCAGUGCUCGAGAUACCGAUUUUGUAAUGGAUGACUUUAGACAUGCUGCAUACAUCGUAAUGAGAUUUGAUUUGUUUGAUCCCCUAACUCCUAAAACUAAAAUGGUGCACCUUUUUGAAGUGUUAGGUUUUCCGCCUCCAGAAGCUAAUGCUGCACCCACGAAUGAGUUAUAUGUUGAGACCGCAUCUGAUGAAACCCCGCUCGAUGUAAGACGUAUAAGGAAAGAAGGUGCAGCUUUGGCUGUACAUAAAGAAUUAAUUGGUCUACCUUAUAGAGGAAAAGUUCAAACGAAUCAAAACUUAAAGCGAACAGCGGCUAGCCGUCUUCUCUCCAGAAUGCGGUCUCUAGUAAAACAAUUUCCGCCAGGAGAGUGUUCAUUCCUGGAAUGGCAAGAUACCGUCACUGCCCAGCACGCUGCUAGCCGACGUGCACUGACGUCUUCAUUUGCACCACAACCGCCGCCGCCACGCACCUCUUCGCGCAUUGCGGCCGCGCGAAGUCGUUUAGCUGGAGAUAUGAGAAUCGCAGAGCAUCAUAUUAAAAACAAUUUAGCAGCUGCCUCACAUCAUCCGAGGGUUUUGCAUUCAAAGGUUCUUCGUUGUUUGGAAGAAAAAAAUAAUUCCGAAGCCCGUGAUUAUCUGCUGCAAGCUUUAAGUGCGCAAACUAGAAAUAGAUACUUGUUAUGGACAUUUGGAGGCAUACAGUAUGACAAAGAAAAAUCUUAUGAAAUUGCAGCUGCGGCUUUUCGCAUUGCUAUCAAGGGUGAUACUUCAGAUGGCACUAUGGGAGCAGUAGGUUGGGCAGCUUUGCAUGCAUUGCACCAUUACAAUCUGAAUGCUAGCGCAGCUUUUGUAGCGGCCCGAAAUAUGCGGAAAGCGUACGAGCUGCCAAGAGAGUGGAAAAAGUUCCUGAAACGAUGGGUGGAAAUGAGUGGUGAAGAGGAAACAUUUUGGUUACCUGCCACACUGAACACGGAAAAUCCCAUAUUGCUCGCUUCAGCAUUUUUUCUUUGCUUAAGAUGUUACAAAUUCAGUGAAAGACUUCUUCAGUGCGUUGAAGAAGGCUGUGUUACCCGAGGAUCUCGCUUUGGUCUCAAGAAUAAACUUACCGUUGAUGUUUUCUAUAUACGAGCUGCUUCGCUUAUAUUACAGCGUGAAUCGGGAAAAGCAUUAGAAGUUACAGAGCAAGGGAUAAAGCUGUACGGUCCAUCUGCAAUAAUGUCUCAAAUGCGAGCAGUUGCUUUAACUUGCCUCCGAGGGUGGGAUGAUACAUGUAACCGUGCGCUAUUAGAAGCUGAUCGCGUAGGAGCGGAACCUUGUCCAUUAUUACUUUAUCGAGGUGCCUUAGGGGUGCUCAAAAGCGAUCCAUCAGAGGCGUUGCAACGGGCUGCACGAGCUCAUAAAGUUGCCCCAUCGCCUCAUACAGCCUUAAUCAUCAGUCGCGUGUAUGCGAAACUUGAGGAGGAGAAGUUAGCCGAGCGAUGGGCUGCAGCAGCAGUGAAGACUGAACCACUGCUUGCAGAUGGAUGGGCCUUUUUAGCAAUACUAGCAAUGACUGAUCGUAAUGUUGAUAAGGCUAGGACGAUGCUCCGUACUGCGAAACAAGCUGGUCCAAUUAGUCCGGACUUAGAAGAAGAGUUAAGGAAAAUCAUGAAGAUUGUCCCGAUUGAGACGUUGCCAGAUGCACUGGUCAAAGAUUUAUGUCUUUGCGAGUAUUAUUAAGAUGAGAUACCUACUUGUUAGUGUGUAUUUUUAUCUGUAAUAUCUAUCUAUCUAC